AUGAAUAAAAACCAAGAGAUUAUAGCAUUAGAUGAUGAUGACGAUGACGACUACACAAGUAUAAACAACCUUCAGGAUUGCGAUAUUUUUAAUGAUUCAGAGCUUUAUAAGGUAUAUGAAGAUUCACCACAAUCGCACUCUAAAACAACAAAAAAAGAAAAACUAGGUUUUAAUGAUAGUGAUAUUAUGACACCAGAAAGAUUACCAAAAAGACAAAUAAAACCAGUCAUUACAACCACCUCAAUAACAACUAGAAAAAGACAACAACAACAACCACAACAACAACAACCACCACAGCAAAUUACAUUAGAUGAUUCUGAUGAUGAACCAAUAGAUAAAAAUAAAAAUAAUAAUAAUAAUAGCUAUAAUAAAAAUAACAAUAAUAAUAUUUCAAUUGAUAGCUCACCGAUCAAAAACAAUUUUACUAAAAGAAAGAAUGAAGAAAUAGAAUGUAUAAACAAUGAUGAAGAUAAAAAGAAGAUUAAGAAAAAGAAAAAAAAUAAAAAUGAUACAAGCGGCCACAAACCAAUCACUGAAUUUUUCGACAAUAGUAGCAUAGAUAUUAGUCAUCAAGAUCUAAAGAGCUAUACAGAUGAUUCUUUUAUAGAUUCAGAGGAUGAAAAAGAUUUUGCUACAGAAUUUACACUUAACAAUACCACAUCGAAAGAUAAGCCCAAAAAGCCAUCAAACCAAACAAAGAAACCAUCCAAUAGAUCCAAAAUAAAUACACAAAAGAAAACUUCAUCAGACUCUGAAUCAGGCUCAGAUUUAAACUCAGACUCAGAUUAUAAACCAUCAGAUGAAUCGGAAUCCGGCUCUACCUCAAAUUCAUCAUCCUCAUCAUCUUCAUCAUCCUCAUCAUCAUCCUCAUCAUCAUCAUCAUCGAAAAUAUUAAGAAAUAUAAAUAGAAAAAAAAAUAAAAAGAUAUCCAAGGAAUCCUUAAAAAGAGACACGUAUAUGUCAUUUGAUAUCAGCUUCGAAAAAGAACCAAAUCACAAUGAAAUGCGCGAACUACUACAAGGUCAGGAAGUUCAUAAUAUGGAGUACAGAAGAAAUGGCAUAGACUAUUCAAUUAGAUUCGUUAGAAAAGAUGGUUGCAUGGAAGAGUUUAUUGAAAAGUUUAUAAUAAUAUUAUUACCAGUUGAAAAAUUUGUGGAUUUAAUAAGAGAUGGCAAAACUAUAGAUUAUAUCAGAGUAAUCAAAGAGAAGCAUCCAAAUUGUAAAUUCACUUUAGUUAUUGAAAGAUUAGAGUACCAUCUAAAAUCAAGAGCGAAAGAUGCCAAAGAAAGAGUUCAAAAGAGUUUAUUAGAAAAGUCCAAAACUAUAGAUACAAGAGUUGUGCCCGAUAAAAGCACAGUUAAUAAAGUCUUUAUUGAUAUCCAAUUGGCCUUUGGAUUCACAAUUAAAGCAAUCGAAGAAAAAACUGAUGUUAUCAACUACAUAUCAAAGUUUUAUCAUAUGAUCAUGUAUAAACCACUAAAAUCAGAAAGUAAAUUGUUUAGUGGUUUUUGCGCUGAAUCCAUUAAAAAGAAAACAAAAGAUAUGUCAUUAACUGAAAUUUGGACCAACCAACUUUGUCAAGUUACAGGUAUCUCAAGCAAUAUUGCAAGGUGUAUAGUUGGUGAAUAUCCAACAAUUAGUGCGCUCUAUUCAAAAUACAGUAGCUUUUCAUCAGAAAAAGAAAAAGAAAUGGCAUUAAAAGAUUUAAAAUAUGAUAUUUCGGGUGGCAGAAGAAGACUGGGUAAAGUUUUAUCAACAAGAAUUUAUAAAAUAUUUUAUACAAACGAUCCAAAAAAAAUUAUUAAUGUUUAA